ACUAUCGUAGCGGAUGUUUAAACAGCACUUUAACAGUAUGCUUAUGAAUGUAGAAUGAAUGACAAAGGUGGAAGAAGCAUGCUCUGUUUCAGGCAGUAAUGAAUGAAGACUGUUUACGGAUUUCGAGAGAUGUUACAGCAAAACGAUACUAUGCAUGAGACGACCAUGACUCAGAUCAGCGUGGCGGCCACCAACUGCAACCUGACCUACUUUGAUGACCGCGUGCCCCUGGUUGUGCUUUACAGUGUGGUACUGAUUAUCGGGCUGCCCGCCAAUAUCAUUACUGUCUACCUGACCUUCCUCCAGGUGCGCCGCAAAAACGUCCUGGGCAUCUAUCUGUUGAGCCUGUCCGUGUGCGACCUCAUCUACCUCUGCACCCUGCCCAUGUGGGCCGACUACGUGAACAUGGGCCACCAGUGGCGCUGGAGCUCCAUGGCUUGCAAGGUGACGGGCUACUUCUUCUUCAACAACAUGUACAUCAGCAUCUUCCUGCUGUGCUGUGUCUCCAGCGACCGAUAUGUGGCCGUGGUCUACGCCGUGGAGUCGCGCGGCCUUCGCCAGCAGAGGCUGGCAGUUGCGGUUACCGUGGUAAUCGUCUUGGUGGUGUUCAUGGGCCACGUGCCAGUUUUUACCAUGAUGGAGGGCAACGUGGUAGAGAAGAAAUGCUUCGAGCCGGGCCAGAGCACACUCACAGUGACGGGCUUCAACUACGCACGCUUCAUCAUUGGCUUCUUGGCCCCGCUGGUCGUGCUGGUGGUCACCAACCGUGCCAUCCUGGCCAGCGUGCAGGCCAGCACGGGGCUGCAGCCGUGCCAGAAGGAGCGGGUGCGCUACUUGGCGAUUGCCGUGGUCAUCCUCUUCCUGGUGUGCUUCGCGCCGUACCACAUCAUCCUGCUGCUGCGCGCAGUCACCUUCCACAUCCCCAAGCUGCAGAAGACAUGCGACUUCGAGGAAAGAAUCUACACCCCUUACACUCUCUCUUUGGGGCUGUCCACCUUAAACAGCGCCAUCAACCCCAUCCUCUACGUGCUCUCCAGCGACAACAUUCGCAAGGAGCUGCGUCGCGGCCUGAAAUACCUCCGGGGGCGGGCCACCCUGCAGCCGCGUUCCACCGACAGUAGCCAGCACAAGAUGCACAACUCCAAGAACUCGUCAGAAGUGGCGGCCGCCAUACUGGAUGUGGCGAAGCAUGACAGAGGAAGGGUAGGGGUUUGAUAUGUGAGCCAGAGUGGAAUGCAGAUAUGACUGCUGAAGGAACUCUGGGAUUUUGACUUGCAGGUACUCUGGAAUAUUAAACAAACUCAGCAAGGAGCCAGGUGGAACCCCAAACAUAGCAAGAGCAAUGGGAGACAAUGUAUUCCAGCCAUCCCAGAAACUGACUGGAAUGUAUAUGAUUGAAAUGUGUCAAGCAGGACUUCAACCCCGCUUUAAGUUAAUUUCUGCCUAAUUUUUUGCUGUUAGUCUCCGGUUGAAGAAAUUGGGUCAUUCCUGCUAUGCGGUACCUUCUGGACCUCAUAACUUUUGUAUUCUAUUUUUAGUAUUCUAUUUUUAGUGUACUAUCAGAAAAAGGGAAACAUAUUGGUCAAGCUCAGGCACUUACAUUUUUUUUAGGUGCAUAAUCAUAACAGGGUGGAACAUAACAAGGUGGACAUGUGGAGCCUAUAUUAGUCAUAGCGCUGGGAGUGAGCAAGAUUGAGCUAGCAUAAUGGUGAACCAUUGAACAGGAUUUUAAAUUCUCUUAUCAAACAUAUUUUAACAUUUGUAAAUGUUUUGAUUUGCUCUAAUUUAGCCUAACCGGGUGGAAAUGUAUGAGUGGGACAUGCAGACUAUGAAUAUUUAUUUAGCCGUGCACCAUUGUUUUCCCACCAAAGAAAUGAUGACUCUUCCUAAAUAUGGUGUCAUUGUAGGGAGGGGUUGUUUUCUUAAGUGGAGAAUUACGACAAACUAACAGGAUGGAAAGUGAUAUCAGGGACACACAGAAAUAAAUAAAAUGAUAAUAAAUAAAGUAAUAAUGAAAAAAACGUUAUUUUAUGAGAGAAUUUAACCAGGAAUAAAAUAAUUUAAACAUUUUUUAAAUAGUGUAUUUUAUGGCUAAUAUUUCUCACGGAAGUUGAUGAAUAACAACUGGGGACAAAAAAAUACCUACAUCUACUGAAGAAAAGUGUUGAAAAUGCAUAGAAUUCCCUUUCAAUAUCCUUAUGUUUGUGUUUUUAAGGUAAAGGACACCUGACUUUAUAUUUAAAGCCUUUUAGAAUCCACAUUUUACACUGAAUAAGAAGUAAUAUACUGAAUCCUGGGGACAGAAAAUGCACCACAUACGGAUGUAGGAAUUACCCAAUUGUCAAUGUUUGCCAAAUUCAGCAUUUAUUUGUGUCCAUGUGAAAAAAGUUUGAAACUUGACUGCUCUGGUGCUAAUGUAGAAGUGAGAAACAGAUUUUCUAUUAAUGGAAAAAUUGUGUUUUCCUUUGGACAAACAGUAGUUGUUAAAGAAAUUGUGCAAAAUGUGAUACGCUGCAAUACAUAUUAUACAUAUAUUGUGUUUGUCUCUAGAAACAUAGGUGAUUUCACAGUAGAUGAGACAUAGAUCAACAGCAUGCUCUUAGUUUAUUUUAUUUUGAAAACUAAAAUGUUUAGUGUUCGUGUUUUUGGUGUUGUGUUUUGCAACAUGAAGAUAUAACCUUUUAUAUACGUUUAGUGUUUUUCAUCCUGUUGCAGACCUUUUUAAAAGUUUGUAAAAAGCAAAGGCUUGUUCUUGUUAUUGAAACUUCAUCUCGAUGAGUAUUAUUUAUACAGUUUUACUGUACAUUUUUAAAUAAACAUUUGAAGUCAAAUGUGACAUUUCAGUUUCAUUAUUGAAGUGGAAGUCUGUCCAGAUGUAUCUUGCUCCUACAGGUGAGAUGUGAGUUUCACACUAUAACGGGAACAAACAAAGAGUGAGAAUGCAUAGGCACUUCGAAGU